UGAGUUAAUCAUAUAAUUUUCUCAAAUGGUGGCACUAUUGCCUAAGACAAGCAUUUGUAUUAAGGUUAUAAGUAUCUGUAUAAUCUUUGUUCAUACUCCCAUGAUCUCUCGGGUUCGAAUCCCGCUGCCUUCGUCUAUCCAUUACCACGUAAAUGCUAUUCUUAUCUUCCCGUUUUCAUUGCAAUGGCAUCAUUUAACUGCAAACAAACACUGCACGCUCUCCCCUACAGACAAGCAUUUGUAUUAAAGUUAUAAGUAUCUGUAUAAUCUUUGUUCAUACUCCCAUGACCUCUCGGGUUCGAAUCCCGCUGCCUUCAUCUAUCUAUUACCACGUAAAUGCUAUUCUUAUCUUCCCGUUUUCAUUGCAAUGGCAUCAUUUAACUGCAAACAAACACUGCACGCUCUCCCCUACAGACAGCCAUAUCAAAUCACGAACAAAAAAAUCAUCACACACAUUUCUGCACUGUACCGUAACAAAAAUCUCAUUUCCUUUAUGAGCCAGAAUUUCUCAAAUUAUCAAAAUAUAAUUCUUAUUGAUCAUCUAAAAGCAUUUAACUACAAACAGAGAGAGCACAGCCAGGGCAAGCAAUGCGAAUUCAAUGCGAAUUUUUUUACUACACACAGUUCUGCAAGGUGCGGCAUAAUAACCAGCUGUAGUAAAAAUUUAUCCAAUUAUCAAAUUAUUGAAGGGUCGGUUCUAAUCGGUCCUAUUUACUGCUUAUCUAUUAGUUUAUAUGGUGUGCAAUUAGGGCUAAAACCCUGUAUUACAAAGUCUGCUUCAAUAUUUGGUCGGAAUCUCUCAGACCACCAAAAUUCUAACGGUUCGAUCCGUAAGAAGCCAAUUUUUCAUUCAUCGGGUGUGCAGUUGGGGCCAGUUGCAUCGGAUCAUCUGAAAUCCUAUAUUACAAAGUCUGCGGCAACUAACAUUUUUUUUCCCUUCAGCCAUACGUAUAAAUUCAUAAAACCCUUCGUUGAGAGACAAUGGAGGCCGAUAUCGAAAGCCUGGUUGUGCUCGAUUAUUGCUGUGGGAUGCUUAUUUUAUGUAAUUCCACAAUUUGGCGAUCUUUCUACUCUUUUGGUAGCAGGGGACUUGAGUAAUUUGAGGAAGAAGGCUCUAAUUGCGAUGUUUUUCGUUGUUUUGAGGUCGGUAGCUCAAUAUUUUCAGCAGGCUUUAUUGUGGAAGGCGGCAUUGAAUGUGUCAUACGAGAUAAGGGGCCAUGUUUUUGAGAGGGUUUUGAACAGAGAUAUGAGUUAUUUCGAAGGUGCAGGAGGUGCUUUGGCUGGAGAUAUUGCUUACAGAAUUACUGCCGAGGCUGAGGAUGCUGCAGAUACUGUGUAUGCACUUCUCCAUACUCUAGUACCAAGUACACUUCAGCUAACUACUAUGACAUUCCGCAUGUUUUUUCUCAGUCCCAUUCUUUCUAUGGCAACAAUCUCGGUCAUCCCCUGUACAUCUCUUUCUAUUGCCUUUCUUGGGGAAAAGCUCCGCCAUAUAUCUAGGAAAGGGCAGGAUAGCAUUGCUCGGAUUUCUUCAUUCUUAAAUGAGGUGCUUCCAGCUAUGAUCAUUGUAAAGGCUCAUAAUGCUGAAGAUUGUGAACUUUGGCGGUUUAAAAAAUUAGCUGAGGCUGACCGAAAUGCACAUCUCAGCAAAAAGAAAUUGAAAGCAUUCAUUCCAGAACUUGUAGGAGUUGCCUAUGCAGGAACAGCAUUAAUUUUGGUCUUGGCAGGAUCAUGGAUUAUAUCUUGUGGUGCUUUUAAUGGGGCUGAUAUGGUAUCCUUUGUGACAUCGUUGGCUCUUUUGGUUGAACCCAUCCAGGCGAUUGGGAAAGCAUACAAUGAGCUCAAGCAGGGUGAACCAGCCAUUGAGCGCCUAUUUGAGUUAACAACAUUUUGUCCACAGGUGGUAGAUAAAAACAAUAAUAUUCCUUUAAGCUCUGUUGCUGGUGAUGUAAAGUUCUGUAAUGUCAGUUUUCGAUAUGGCAACACACAACCACAAGUAUUGAGUGCCCUGAGUUUUCAUGUCCGAGCUGGUGAAACAAUUGCUCUUGUGGGGCAAUCAGGAGGUGGAAAGACAACUCUUGCCAAAUUAUUACUUCGCCUUUAUGAUCCUAUUGAAGGCUGCAUACUUGUGGAUGAUCAUGAUAUAAGAAACAUCAGUUUGAAAAGGCUGAGGCAAUGCAUAGGAUUAGUUCCACAGGAAAAUGUGCUUUUUGCUGGAAGCAUUGCAGAGAAUAUUGGUUACGGAAACAUGCCUAACAUGAUUGACAUGAAGAAGGUUGAACAGGCUGCAAAAUUGGCAAAUGCUGAUGGAUUUAUUAGAAAACUUCCAAAAGGAUAUGACACAGAUGUUGGUCAGCGAGGCUCUUGUUUGAGUGGAGGACAGCGCCAAAGAGUGGCUAUUGCAAGGGCCAUAUACCAGGAGUCAUCAAUAUUGAUUUUGGACGAGGCAACUUCCGCACUGGAUAACAAAUCAGAAUUAUUGGUGAGGGAAGCUUUGGAGCACCUUACAGCCAAUCGCACUGUUUUUGUAAUUGCUCAUCGGCUGGAAACAGUAAGCAAGGCUGAUCGGAUUUUUCUCUUAGAUGGAGGAAAAUUGGUGGAGGAAGGAACUCAUUCUUCUCUUUUGGCCCAGUCUGGCUUCUAUGCCUCAUUGUAUUCCAGUAAGGAACUUUUCAAAGGUGUUUGAACUCUAAACCAUAUCCAGGGUAUAUAUUGUCUCAGUAACAAAGUCUUCAAGUUGGUACUUCAGUCACCAGUUAUAGGCAGAUUAUUCUGUAACGAUGACUCAACAUUUUUUCAUGUUAAUAUUUAGAAAUUAAUUACAUACAAUGAAUGUUGAACAAGAGUUCAGUUUUGUGCAACUCUGAUACACUUUUUGGGGUUUUGAAGUUCAUUCACUUUUGUAUAUUGUUACAAGUAACACAAGUAGUUUCAUGAGCAUUUUGGUAUUCA